AUGGAAUCGGUUUCCUAUGCAUGUGAAACAUUCGUCGCUGCUGGACUUUCUUCGGGUAAAAAUGGAACAGUACCCUUGGCGAGGAUUCAGGUACUUGGAAAACGAAGUGUGUCGAGAACAUUCCUAGGUUGCUUCUUGGCUGGUGCUUCUUUCUUCCUCGAGUGCCAGAAGUGGACGCCAGUGUUUGCUGUCGCCGGCAUUCGGAUUUAUAUAUCAGCAUACUCAAUCGGAAUGGGACCUAAUCCAUGGGUGAUAAUGUCAGAGAUUUUCCCUAUAAAUAUUAAGGGUGUUGCUGGAAGUUUGGUUGUACUAGUGAACUGGAUAUUAAAAUCUCUCCCAAUGAUGUUGCUGGAGUAUAUUAGAGACUCCUUGUGA